AUGUGCGGCGAGAAAGUUAGAUAUUUUAUGAGGGAAAAUGGGAGCGACCACCUCUAUCGAUUUAUCGCCGAAUAUUUUAAUCGCGAAUGUGCUUUCUAUGAGAUUCUGGAAGACUGGCCUGAGAUUAAGAAAGCCACCGCUUACGCCAUCGAAAAAUGGGAAUACGGUAAAGUCGGGGCUUGUGGAGCGGUGAUUAUGCGCGAUUUAUCUUCCGAGGCCGAGCCAAGCGAUAUUUAUAACGGGUUGAAUAACUCUCAGCUCCUGGAAAUCAUCUCGCAAAUCGCAUGGAUCCAAGUCUACGGGUUAGCCGGAAAGCCGAUUCCAGAAAUACGGGUUUCUGACGGGUACAUGCAAAUUUUUUACCAAAUGGAGGAGCCGGCAAGUACCUGGACCACGCUACACCCCGGGAUGACGGAAAUGUUCGAGAAAAUGCGUCACCUUUAUAAGAGCCGCGAGUUCUGGGACUACGUACUCCGGAUAGCGCACAGGAAAUUAGAAAUCCCCGACGUGAUUUGCCAUGGCGACAUGUGGACCUAUAAUUUCCUGUGGAGUCGAGGGGAACAGAAUGGCCAGGGAAAGGAAUUAUCCGCCCUGUUGGAUUGGCAGAAUGUGCACCACGGAAAUCCAGCCGAAGACAUUUGCCAUUUAUUCGUAUUCUGUUGCGAUACGGAAAUGAGGCGAAAAGUGGAAAAGGAGAUGCUGCCUAUUUUGCAUCAGAUGGUCGAGGAACGGUGUAUCCAGAUGCGGAUACCAGUGCCGUAUACGUUAGAGCAGCUCGAAGCCGCCUACCGUAUCCAACUCGUCGCCCAGACUACCCAUUUUGUGUUCAUCGGUAUU